AUUCCCUGCAGAACUUCUCGUUACUAAGUCAAAAAGACAACAAGCAUGGCUGACAAGGUUCCCGUCACGGUGCGCACGCGCAAGUUCCUCCGCAACAGCCUUCUGGCUCGCCGCCAAAUGGUGGUGGAGGUGAUCCACCCGGGCCGCCCCAACGUGCCCAAGGCUGAGCUUCAGGAGAAGAUCUCCAAGAUGUACAAGGUGAAGGACGCCAACACCGUCUUCCUGUACGGCUUCCGCACGCAGUUCGGCGGAGGUAAGAGCUCGGGCUUCGGUCUCGUGUACGACACGGUGAACGACGCCAAGCGCUUCGAGCCCAAGUACCGUCUGAUCCGCCAGGGUCUGGUUGAGAAGGUCGAGACUUCGCGUAAGCAGAUUAAGGAGGCUAAGAACCGUGGCAAGAAGGUCCGUGGUGUCGGCCGCCGUAUCGCUCGCCACAAGGCCGCCAAGGCCAACAAGUAGAGUGUGGAGGACUCGUCGAAUCUGGCACGAGCAUGGGCUGCAGCUGCUAGCCGCGCUUGGCUCGUCGUCGCCAUUCCGCUGAGAGUAUUUUGGGGAACAAGAAGGUCAUGCUGGGAAGUGUAACUAGUCAAGAAACUCACACGUUUGCUUGAUUUUAUCGCUGUGCUC